AUGAUUUCAAAUUGCAAGAGUUCAGAAGUUCAUGCUCAACAUAAUUUUCAAACAAUUGCAGACGCCAAGGGUUUGUCAGACCGAGCCAAAGUGGCCAUCGGUGAUCUUCGAGACAAAGUUCAAGAUAUGUUGUUCCAAAUCGUCAAAGAACUGCAUCCCAUCUAUACUGCCAGUAGUCGAUUCGGAAAUCUCCUGCUGUUGCUGCCAACUAUUACGACUCUGUCGGGCCUGAUGAGCGAGAACAUGCAGUUCUGUCAGGCAUUUGGUGGACGACAGAGUGGCGAUCCUUUGCUGUCCGAGAUGUUCGGCGAUUUCAAGUCGAAAUUCGAUGACUCUACCAUCUCCUCCUCUUCAAUCAGUCCACCCCUUUAUGAGAAUCCGGCUGAGAUCUCCUUAGAGUCGAUUCCGUCGUCAUACAUGGAUCCGCCUUCGCUAGCGUCAUCGAUUCGAAACCGUCUCACACAACAUCGACGAGUGGAUGCUUGUACUCAGACGGAAGACCUUGAAACCUCACCGGUGAAAAGAUCCACGGAUUCCCUCAUUGGCGCCGGCUAUUCAGCUUCCAUAAAUUCAUUCCCCGUCUCGAUGAGCUCCUCAUUCUCGAAUCUUCUCGAUGAUGAACCACCGUUUUCACCAUCCAAUGACAUCAAUCUCAUCGACCUCGGCCACUGUGACGAUUUCUUCGGUCCGGAUUCAAUAAUGGCUGAUGACACCCAUUCGUCAUCGUGGAGGCUAUCUAGGUAG